CGCCCCCUGAGAGUAAAAUAAAAGUAGAUACCGGUAUUUAGAAUAGAAUGUAUUUGAGCGAAGUAUGGGUUAAUAAUAUCGCUUUUACAAAUGGCUUUGGAUUACGUCAUUUUCUUAAAUUCUGGAGUUUACCAUUGAGUGAAAAAUUACAGAAUUGUACAUGAAUUGAAUUUGCCAAACCAGAUUGAAACAGAAUGCAGACAUCGGACAUAGACACAGAGAAGCAGCCUCUACUAGGAUCACAAUCUAACCAUCAUGUUAAUGAUAUCAGUAUCAACGGUCUCCAUACCAACACAUCUAGAUCAACUGCUGAAAUCUCGGAAAAUGGCUCGUCCAAAACUUCGGACGCUGAAGAAUUCUCUUUUCGAUCUCUUGGUAAACGCAAAAAAAUCAUUUUCGUGAUUAUUGGAAUGGGCAACUUCUGUGCUUUUACCUGCUUUUCGUUGUUGGCACCAUUUUUUCCAGGUGAGGCAGCAAAGAAAGGAGUUUCUACAACUGUUGUUGGUCUAAUAUUUAGUUGUUUUCAAUUAUGGAUAUUUAUAACAUCACCAAUAUUUGGCUACUUUCUUACAACAUUAGGAGCUAAAUUUGUGUUCGUAUCAGGAAUUAUGGUUUGUGGCUCAUGUUCUCUUCUAUAUGGAAUUUUAGAUAAAUGCCCUCCGGAUGAAAUAUUUAUAGCCAUGUGUUUUUUGUGUAGAACUGUCGAGGCUUUAGGAUGCUCAGCAUAUCUAACAGCUAGUGCAGCAAUCAUUGCUCGGGAAUUUCCUCAUCAUGUCACAACUGUUUUUGGAACUUUAGAAACAUUUACUGGUAUUGGUUUGAUGGUUGGACCACCCAUAGGAGGGGCUUUAUAUGAGGCUGGAGGAUAUGGGCUACCAUUUUGGACGAUGGGUGCUAUCUUGUUAACUUGUGGAAUUGUUUCUUUUAUAUUUAUGCCGGGACAAGAUGAAGGAACAAGAGUAUUUAAAGGAUCUGUAUUGCGUUUAGUAAAGAGUCCACUAGCCGUUAUUUCCUGUUUAACUGUAUUCUGUGGAUCAUUCUCUCUUGGUUUUCUAGAUCCCACAUUAGCCAAUCAUCUAAAAGUCUUUAAUUUAAGUACUUUGUAUGUUGGUUUAAUAUUUCUAUGUGCACCCGGUGUAUAUGGUAUUAUAGCACCUUUAUUGGGUUACCUGAGUGAUGCUCGAAGUUGGACCGGGGGUAUGAUGAUGAUAGGUCUAUUUUUCUCAGGAAUUAGCUUCCUUUUAUUAGGACCAGCGCCAUUUCUACCAUUUCUACCGUUUAAGCUAUGGCUAACGAUUGUUAUGUUGUGUUUCGUUGGACUGUUUAUUGGCUGUUGUCUUAUUCCUACUUUUACGGGUAUCUUGAUAGGCGCGAAACAGUUAGGUUUAGAUGAAUUUUUAGAUACAUUUGGUAUGGUAUCUGGUCUAUUUAAUAUUAUGUUUAUAUUUCAGACAGUUAGGUUUAGAUGA